GAGGAAUUUUUCUUUUUCUUGUUUCCUCAGCAAGCGGAUAGUCCGAAGAAACUAGACCUGACCAAAGGUCUCCCACCUGGAGCUACAGCAGAAGCACAAUUGAAAUACGAGAACGAACGUUUGAAGCUUGCAUUGGCACAGAGCUCUGCCAAUGCAAAAAAGUGGGAAAUCGAGCUUCAAACGCUAAAGAACAAUAACGCGAGGCUUACUUCGGCUUUGCAAGAGUCGACAGCGAACGUAGAAGAGUGGAAACGGCAGUUGCAUUCGUACAAAGAAGAGAAUCAGAGGCUUAAAUCGAGAAUAAUCGAAAUUGAAGCCGGGAGAGGCAAUCCUGAGGCUGCGUCCGAGAUUAAGAAGGAAAUGAGUUUGCUGAAGUCGGAAGUUGAUUCACUGAGCGAGGAGAUGAGGAUGAAAGACGAGGAAAUUCGUCGGCUUACGUGUCAGCUGUCAGAACGGCCGGUUGGAGACUCGGAAAGUCUGAAGACAUUACAAAUGGAAAACGAAAAAUGGAGACAAAAGUAUGACACAGCAAUUGGAACGCAGGAGUCUCAACGGCGUGUGUUCGAAACAUUGGUUCAACAACUGGGCCUGAGAGUGAAGGAAAUUGAUUCUAUUCAAAGAGAAUUUGAGGCUGGGCUACAGACGUGAUAAUGCUCAACCUAGUAUGCUGCGCGUGUCUCUUCGUGUCUCUCUCGCUGCCGAAUCUCCAGUUUCGCAUCUUUAAAUAUAGUAGUGCUUAGGGAGGCUGAAGGAGCUGGUGAGUCGUUCUGCUUCCAAGGCUCUGUGAUCCUCCCUGCGCCGACACUGCCACGUUAGAAUGUGGCUUAGUCGAGACUGUGCGUACGAAUCGAGGGCCCGGCGGAAGCUUGGUCGUUCAAUGUUCCUCAUCCAUGGGCAUUAUUCUGGGAAAUGUUCCCUUCGCUGCAGAUCAUUCUUCACCGGUCGCGGCUGUUUCUUUCCUUUUGGGGGCGGACCAAUCCUGUGAUCAGGGAUUCGAGCGAAACAUUUCCUGGUGCACCGGUCGCGCUACCUCGUUGACUAACGAAGUUUCUCUUCAAGCGACCUUUGCGCUUGGUCACGUUUUUGCUCACUGCCGAUUUGCGUUGACCUAUUUUUUCAUCACAUUCCGCUCCUCUCCCUCCGCAUGUGCCAUGGUCGCGCCCGAAGGAUGCAUCGCGUGUGCUCCGUUGCUCUAGCUUUUGGCAGAUCUGAAUAAUUGUUUUGCAAGCUCACCGGGAGCUUUUAAGGUUCGUAUCGCCGACGACGAUGUGCAUUCCAUGUCGAACCAAAAAAGAAUUGUGUCGAAUCUUCCUUGCGACGCAUCGUACUAUUCCUUUUGAGAAUGCUUGUAGGCUCGAAUCAAGCAAUGCUACGUGGUAACGCUGAUGUAUCGAGACAUUGAUUAAUUCUAUCGUCGCGCCCUUUCGUUGAUUUAUUCUGCUUAAAUUUCCUUCGUCUUCGUUUUGAGCAAUAUGGGAACCAUACGGGAAGCCAGUUAAGUUGGCGUUUCCAACCUCGACCAGUGUUGGCAUCUCACCCGUCUUCAUAUUUUUUGAACAAGAUUCGUUGAGGUUCCAUUCGCCGUUCUGUGAUCCCCGAUCUGCUCCCGUGUUCUAUCUUGUGUUUCAAAUGUCGCGAGUAACGACGAGGAAAUUGUUGAGACGAUCGGAGGCUUGCUUGUCUCCCUUUCCCGGGACUCGUAUUGAGAUUGCUCUGAUUCGACGACAUUUCAUUGCGCGAAAGAUGCCUCUAAUCGGCUCUAGUUGCGUUAGCGUUUUGUAUUGCCGCUCCACGGCUACCUUUUGUUCGAGAUUAAUUGACCCAAGACUUCUUUUUUUAUAUACAUCAUGAUCGGGAAGAAGAGCGUGCGAUUUAAACUAGGAGAGAGAAUGUGAAUACUUGUAUCUAAUAGUAUUACAUCACAGCUUACUUGAGAAGAUGAAUCUGUCGUGCGCUUCAUUUCAUAUUCUAUUUUGAUUUUUCUUCUUGUUUCUAGCAAUUACAUAUCUUGUGCGUAUUUCCUGCCAUUCGCCCGCAGCAUUUCGAAAAUUUGCCAAAGCUUGCUACUCACCUGAAAGUUGGAGGCGAGGCUGUGGCAAAAAUUCCAGAUUUGUUUGGGUUACAUUCCGGCUUUUCUGAUGUUCGUAGUAUGUCCAGAACGAACGAGUCGGGAUCCAAGGUUACCGAGAGCGAUGAGGUAGUUACUUCGGAUGGUCUCUUGCCGCUUUUUGUUUGCCGUAGGUCUCUGGCCACAUCAUCGGUGCGUAUGCGAUCAGUGUUGCAGACGUCCUUUGUUUCACUUGAAAGAAAUAUAAAAACUUUUUCCAUCAGACUAUCCA